CAAGUAGACUAGCCUACUCUAGAGAAACGCAGGCGUGCGUUCCGGAGGAGAAAACAAACAGCAGCAAUCCCCCGUCCACCAGGCAUUUUCUUCAGUCCACCGUUCUCGAAAAGCAAACACCCUCCUCCAAGACGAACGAACCAUCAUGAGCCAACCGCAAACCAUUGCACAACCAGUGCCACCAGCACAGGCGGCACAGCAGCAGCCGCCGAAGCCCCGAAAUCGAACAUGGGAUGAGAAUUAUGCUCAGCUUUUGGUGUACAAGGCGCAGCAUGGUCACUGCGACGUGCCGUUGAAUCACAAGAACGACCGAGUAUUGGGCAAGUGGGUGGCCCAUUUGCGAGAGAACUGCAACCAGAGCAGUCUCUCCACUGAGAGGCGUGAAGCCUUGAACGCCAUUGGUUUCAAUUGGAAUCCUCAUGAACAAAAGUGGAUGGAAAUGUUCCAGCGGCUUCAGGGCUUUAAAAAGUCAGAGGGUCACUGCAAGGUGCCAACGAAUUGGAAACCGGACAAAAAGUUGGGCAAAUGGGUGAUGCGCCAACGAGAAAAGAGAAAGAAUGGGAUUCUACCAGAUGCUCGACGAGAAGCCCUCGAGUCGAUUGGGUUUGUCUGGAAAGUGCACAAGGUGGAGCAGAACAAGGAGACACGAAAAACGCAACACGUUGAUGAAAAGUGGCAAGAACGCUAUCAAUCCUUGGUCAAGUUCGAAAAAGAGAAUGGCCACUGCAAUGUACCAAAGGUCUAUGACAAAGACCCACAGCUGGGAAAAUGGGUCCAGGAACAGCGAGUCAUGUACCAACGCAAUUUGCUCAAAGCGGAGCGAAAGAAACUUCUCGAGGACAUUGGAUUCAUCUUUAGUUAUCGAGCACAGAAAAUCCAACAGGAUUGGAACCAAAUGUAUGAACUUCUCAAGGCUUGCAGUGAAACCACCGACAAUGGACAGUUCAAAGUCACCGUCACGGACAGCAGUCUCUCGCGAUGGAUUCAACGACAAAAGGAGGCCUACAAAAACUACCGCUUGGAUCCUGGGAGGGAGAUCCUCUUGAACAAGAUCAACUUUCCCUUCCCAGAACGAGCUCCUCCUAAACUGGAGGACCCUCUUGGCGCCAAAAUGGCAACCAAUGCAGCCGGUCUUCCCGUCAAUCCGUAUAUGGCAACAGCCGCUGGAGAAAAUCUCUUUGCAGGUUCUCCCGGAAUGGCUCUUGGUGCAGCUGCCGCGGCCAUGACACAUCAACAACCUCUCUUGUUGGGUCAUCCAAACAGCGUCGCGGCACACUUGCAGGCUUUGAACAACAAAAAGAGACAGGAAGCUUUCAUCAGUGGCCAGCGGCAGGAACCGAGAGUUGCACCCGAAGCGGAACAAACCGUUGGGGUGAAACUGGCAGAAGGGAUGGCUCUCCUGGCCAAGUGCAUGGGCAUUUCCAAGACAGAACUAGUGGCCCGAUUGGCAUUGACGUCUCCUGAUUCGGCCAAAUCAACCAAGUCAAAGCUAGGGAAGCGAAAAAAGCCAGAAGGUGAUGAUGACGAAAAGGAGAACGACCAGGAAGAUGACAAAAGCAAUGCAGCGGAGGAAUCGCCACCGGUCCAGAAUGCCUUUACGUCUCUUCUACCCAAGAUCAUGGCUAUUCGAGAAGACGUUGUGAGCAAUGAGCUCGAAUCCUGCCAACGAGACGCUGCCAAGUACCUGGAGAUGUACAUUCGACGAGAAAAGGGAUGGGAUCCGCGUCCCACCGACGGCGAUGGUCACCAGCGGUUACUGGCGCUGGCAACGGAAAUGGGUAUCUUGUUGGACCAUAAAUCGGAACGUUGUCAGACCAUUGUUCAAAGCUGUGCCGACAACUUGGAUUAUGUAUACUCCAAGGCCACCAAGAAGAAGGCAGACAAAGUCAAAGAAAAGGAAAAUGAUGACUCUGGUGGCAAGAGCACCUCCAACGAUACCGGUAUCAAUAACAACAGUGCCGAGGAUGAUUCCAACGCCAUCAAAGCGGAUUUUUCGGUGCCAAUGGGAACAACGGCUGCGGCAGCAAAGCCAGGAGAUACAACGAAUGCCAAGAUGGAACCACCACAGACUGGAGCAAACAACGCCGAACCUCCCGGUGCCAAACGGCAGAAGGUGGGUCCAGCAGGAGCGUACGUCCUUUAAAUACUUCGUGUCUGUGUACGCAUUGAGUCUGAUUGCCUCGCACAAGCCAAUUCCGAGGGCAUCAGCUGAAGGGAAAAGCACCCUCAGGGCCAGAAAAAUCUUUCCAGCAAAUAGACAUUUCUACACAAACUUAAUUAUAAAAACACUGUUGCCGAUG